CAGUUUCUUGCUAACUCUAUCAAAGUGCUCUGCCACUACACUUCCAUGGCGAGCUUCAGCUUCACCACCAGAAUCAGAACCCCUACGCUUCAAUCUCACAAACCCAUCUCCAAGUUCAUCUCUCAAACCAAACCCAUCAAAACCCAAUGUACGCUCUCCACCAAUCCUUCAAAAAACCGACCAAAGCUACUCUGUCUUCGUGCAAAUUCUGUGUCAUCAGAAAGCUCAGUUUCAACAACACAAGAUCAAGUAGACGAAGCAAUUGAUGAAGAAGACGAUGACCCAACUGCUGAAAUGAGCUAUCUUGAUCCGGAAACCGACCCGGAGAGCAUUUCGGAGUGGGAGCUCGAUUUCUGCUCCAGACCCAUUUUGGAUAUCAGGGGAAAGAAGGUUUGGGAACUUGUAGUUUGUGACGAAUCUCUUUCUCUGCAGCACACCAAGUACUUCCCCAACAAUGUCAUCAACAGCAUUACUUUGAAGGAUGCUAUUGUGACCAUUAGUGAAGAAUUAGGGGUCCCUCUCCCAGAUAAAAUCCGCUACUUCAGGUCACAGAUGCAGACAAUUAUAACAAAAGCGUGCAACGAGCUUGGUAUAAAACCAAUUCCCAGUAAACGGUGUCUCUCGUUGCUUUUAUGGUUGGAAGAACGCUACGAGACUGUAUACACACGCCAUCCUGGUUUCCAGAAAGGAUCUAAGCCACUCCUUGCAGUAGAUAACCCAUUCCCAAUGGAACUUCCAGAAAAUCUUGUUGGGGAGAAAUGGGCCCUUGUCCAAUUGCCCUUUUCAGCUGUUCAAGAGGAAAUCUCAUCCUUGGACUCAAACCUCGUGUUUAGUGCGAGUUUAGAUUUGGAUUUGUUGGGGAUUGAAAUUGAUGACAAGACAUUGAUUCCAGGAUUGGCUGUUGCAUCUUCACGUGCUAAACCUCUAGCAGGUGUACAUUCUCUCCAAUACCAUCUUCUGAUUGACCGUCAACCAACUUACCAUGUGAAGUUCUUUGACAAGAUCACAGUAUCCUACAUGGACAAAGACCCAAUUUUUUAUCAGGCCAGUGAUAUUCUACCCUUAGAGUGGUAG